AUUUUAAUAGAAGAAAUUUUGAAUUUUUCGGGAAGUUAGUGAUCGUUUCAAUAUUGGAAUGGGAGCUGGUUACAGAGGCUUUAUUCAAUGCAUAUAAAUUAUAUCUACGCAGAAGCAGAUUAUUGCAUUUACAACGACUGAGCUGACCCAAAAGAGGGUUAUGGAAGCUUUUGAGUCUUACUGUUCACAUCCAUUCCCUUAUGUUUUGGGAUGUAUUGACGGAACUCAUAUAAAAAUUUUGCAGCCGACCAAGGAUGGCAUUAGUUACUGCAAUCGGAAGGGAACACAUUCUGUUAUAGUACAAGCUGUUGCUGAUAACAAUAUGCGAUUUCUCGACGUAUUUAUAGGCUAUCCCGGUCGGUGUCACGACGCAACAGUGUGGUCAGCUAGCCCAUUGAAGCGAGCAAUUGUAAAUGGUCUCAUUUCAUUUCCUCCAGAAUGUUAUUUGCUUGGUGAUGUAGCGUAUCCUUUAGAAACGUAUUUAAUGUGCCUUACAAGGACAAUGGGUUCCUAUCUGAAGCCCAAUCAACAUACAAUAAAAUUUUAAGUUAGACCAGAGUCUGUGUGGAAUAAGCAUUUGGU